CUGCUCUCUGUAUCCUCUUUUUGGUUCCUGCCGUCUGUGACACUGUAAAACAACCGAGGAGGAAUUGAAGAAUUGCUUUGUGCUUUUUUCCGUACAGUAUUUGAGCUUGAGUUUGCUUUUUUUCCCUAAUGUUAAAAAUGACGUACACAGUUGCCUCUUAUAUCAUCUUAGUUGUUUUUCUCGUGGCAUCUGUCUUUGCCAACGAAGAGCUUGUUACCGACGACGGCUACGAAAUCUCCCCCAGCACCAAUGCACCCUCCGAUAUCGGAAACCUUGAAAGCAUCUCUGGCAGUACAAUGAACCCGAUGACCAACUCCACUGAAAAUCAAACUGAUGUCACCCAAACUUACUUCGCAACACCCCAAGAACCUGUAACGCCAAAGGACGGAGUCAUUGUACGACGGUCUUCUGAGGCAACCCCCGCAGCCAGCAAACCCACAUCCGCCAAAAACCAAACCAGCGAACCUGCAACCCCAAAACCCAUCACACCCAAACCCAUAACCCCCAAACCCGUAACCCCCAAACUCGUAACCCCCAAACCCAUAACCAAGGGAGAUGAUUUACUGGAGUUAAUACCAGUAUGGACGACCCCUUCACCAAGUCAAGGAAGUAACAGUGUCGGCAUUAUAAUCUUGAUAGUCAUCGUCGUCAUUUUGCUCCUGGCUAUACUGGUCUGCUACGUGGCUCGAAGCAGAUCAAGACGUUACUCGAUGGACUUGACUUCUAGACCUGAUGAAGCCCAGAUCCCUCUGAGCACCGUGGAGGCGGAGGCAGUGGUCGAAACUGUCACUUCUAACGGGCUGGAGUUUGAGGGCACAGAAAACGGUACACAAGAAGCCCAAGAGCCAGAAGUGAAGACUGAAGAACAAGUGGAACAGAAAGCUGAGUCUGAGAAAGUGACCGUUGAAGUUAUCACCGAAUGUGCAGCUCCAAAAGACGAGAGCCCUGAAGAGCCUAAACAGGAGGUCCCCGAUCAGGUCCCGGAUCAGGUCCCGGAUCAGGUCCCGGAUCAGGUCCCGGAUCAGGUCCCGGAUCAGACCCCCGCUGCCCCCCUGGAGCCCAGCGCUGAUGAGAAAACUGAUGAUGAAGGAGGAGAAGGAGUCGCCUCCAAUAAGACCUCUGUGGAGUCACUGAAGGACAGCACCGAAGCCAACGAGAACAACAGCAACAACCGCCUCCUGCCUCAGAGCCGCGCCACAGAAGUUGGAGCUUUUUAUGACGUGCCCCUCGGCGAUAUGGUGUGAAAUCCUGAAAUGGGCGAAGGAGGACGAGGUGAGGCAGGAGAAGCCGGGACUCGGGACUCCGCUCUGGUUUGGAGAUGACGGAUUCAACUAUCGAUGCAUAAUUUUUUAGUAUUAGGUCCCAUAUUACACACAAUGUUAUAAUACUGUUAGUUUUGUUUUGUUUCAUUCACACAUGUUCGAGUAACACUUUAUUAUUAGUCUGUCUACAUCUCCAAAGCUCAAAACGUUCUAUUCCACCUUGUGAUGUCAUGAAGCGGUAGUUAACAGCCCCUUUUACCUUUAGUUCAGCAGAAAUCGGCAAUUCAAGAGCUGAAAUCUUUCCAAAUGGUUCUAGUGAAAACUGAUGGUGUUUAAAAAGACAAUGCAGAGUGUUUUGAUUUGACAAAAGAACACAUGAGCCUAAAUACGCAGGGUUUGUGUGUUAAACAUGCGUGAAUGAAACAAAACACAACUCCUGGUCUGUUUAUUGUUGAGGAAAUAUUAUAACAGAGACCAGAAAACAGCGUAAUAUGGGACCUUUAACAUUUUUCAUCAUCAUUAUUAUUAGUAUUUUGAUUAUAUCCAUGACAGUAAAGUAACUUGUGUAUACUGUAUAUGUGUUUGGAAUUGUAAAUAUACAAAAAAAAGUUAUUAUUUUUAAAAGUUAGCCACAUUUACUCUUCUAUAUCAUGUUGUAUCUUUAUCUUGACUUCAAAAUUAAACUACACAAUGGGGGGAAAAAAAAAAAAAAAACUAUAAGCGUUGUUUGUUCGUAUAUCGUACCAAGGGCUACAAUGGGGCGCCAGUGGGAAAAACUGUCGUCGUGUCCUUAGGCAAGACACUUUACCCACAUUGCUCAGUAAGAAAGUGGUGAGUGUGUGGUGAUCGAAGGGGUUGAUGGUGCAGAUCAGUCUGUCCUAGGCUUUAUAAACUCCACUAAAGCUGCACUGGACAAUCCGUGUAUCAUUCGUUCAUUUGUUUUUCGAAAUAAAACCAAAAAUAUGAAAACAAAAAAACAA